CUCUCACCCGGCCCUGCCCUGUGCCGCCGCCGAAGCCGCAACCUUCUGCGUCACACGACGCCGCAACUAAGCCCCCUUGCUUUGAGCACUAUUGUUCACCGUCCAAGAAAACACGCCUCACGCCUCACGGCUCGCCCUUCGUCCACUGUCCUUGCAGCAGCCGCCGCCGCUCCUCCCGAUCAAGAUCACGCUGCCGAGACACUCCACGGUGACACUGUAGCAACCCUUCGCACCGCAGGGCCUACCGCCUCCUCCCCUCCGCUCGAUCUUCAUCUUGUUUUCGAUUAUAAAUUCGAUUCCUGUACCGAGCAUUAUAUCGGUGACACUGACAAAACAAGCCACUUGCUUACUGCCGUGGCCCCCCUUGAAUCGACUUGAACCUAAGAUUCUGUAACAUAAACAAAUCCCAAGAAACAGAAUUGAAAGAUGGCUCGUAAUGAAGAGAAAGCGCAGUCAAUGCUGAACAGAUUCAUCACGCUCAAAGCUGAGGAAAAAAAGAAGCCAAAAGAGCGUCGUCCCUACCUUGCUUCUGAAUGCCGUGACCUUGCUGAGGCUGACAAGUGGCGCCAGCAGAUCAUGCGUGAGAUUGGCCGCAAAGUUGCCGAAAUCCAAAAUGAAGGCCUCGGCGAACACCGUCUUCGCGACCUCAAUGAUGAGAUUAACAAGCUCAUCAGGGAAAAAUCCCACUGGGAACGGCGCAUUAUUGAGCUUGGUGGACCCAAUUAUACCAAGCAUUCUGCUAAAAUGACAGACCUAGAGGGAAACAUAGUGGAUGUUCCUAACCCUAGUGGGCGUGGGCCUGGAUACCGAUACUUUGGGGCAGCGAAGAAGUUGCCAGGAGUGAGGGAGCUGUUUGAGAAACCUCCAGAGUUACGAAAAAGGAGGACUCGAUAUGAUAUAUAUAAGAGGAUUGAUGCAAGUUACUAUGGGUAUAGGGAUGAUGAGGAUGGGGUCUUGGGGAAGGUUGAGGGCCCGGCAGAGGAGAGGAUGAGGGCAGAGGCAGUUGAGGAGUGGAGGAGAGUGGAGGAGGUGAGGAGGGAGGCAAGGAAGACAGUGAAGAGUGGGGAGGUGGUGAGUGUGGUGAAGGAAGUGUUGUUCGAGGGUAUGGAGGAGGAGGUGGAAGAGGAGGAGAGGAGGGAUAGGGAGAAGUUAGAGGAGGAGGAGAGGGAGAGGGAAGGGAGAAGGGAGUUUGUGGCACACGUUCCAUUGCCGGAUGAAAAGGAGAUAGAGAGGAUGGUGUUGGAGAAGAAGAAGACGGAGCUGUUGAGUAAGUAUGUGAGUGAGGGGUUGUUAGAGGAGCAGAGUGAAGCAAAGGUUAUGCUUAAUAUUCAGCGCUAGACUCGGUAAGGCUUGAACUCUUUGCUUCUGUUUUUGAGUAGAGUAAGAGCUUUUGUGUACUCAGUUUUAAGCUAAUUGAUGCAAUUAGAGGCUGUAAUUUUUUUCUUUAAUUUCAAUGUUGCUAUAUCAU